GUCCAUACUUCAAUGAGUUGGACUCUAGUUACGAACUCGUUAACUUGCCUAAACCAACUUUACGACGGUAAUGUAAGGAGAGAGUAGUACAACACGAGAGACAUAUGAAAAGUAAGAACUAAAGUGAAACCAUAUAAAAUUAACGUCUUCAUAGAGGAAGUAUUGCUGAUCCACUAUUUAUAUUAUUACAUUUUUGGGUCGUCUUUAAGAAUCAGCAGAACGAGGUUCAUAAUAUAGUCAUUGUUGACUUGAAGCCUGCUUUUUGUGGAAAUUUGCGAGUGAACUAAAUUUUGUAAGUGUUGUUAUAUUUUUCGUUUUUGUAUCAUCUUAAAACGCUUCAUACGCUUAUUCGGUGGUGACUGAAGUCAUCGAUUGUACACUAGUCCGCUUUCGGUUUAUAGAGAUCUCAAAAUGGCAUCAAUACUGGAAAACCAGGAAAUUAACGCAAAGCUUCAUCAGCUUGUGGAAUCAAAAUUGGCCGAAUAUGGCUGGGCGGAAGAAGCCGCUUCUCUAACAGAUUUCAUUUUCGUAAUGAUUGGAAACGGAAAAGAUCAAUCACAGGUCACUGAAGAACUUAUAGAUUUGAUCGGACCCGAAUUUGACUCAAGUUUUUCUCAAUGGUUAUUUGAUGAAUUACGAGAGUUUGAUUCUUCACGAGGAGUGGAGACUUCUAAUGAAAGCGAACAAAAAUAUUCUGAAGAAACCCCUUCCGUCCCUGCAGAGAUUCCCCAAGAAACUUUGCCUGAGACCGGCACAGUAGCCGACAAUGACACAAGCAAUAAAUUGGGAGAAAAACCACUUCAAUCGGAACGUGUCGGUCAAAAGUUAAAAAGUAGCGCUGUUCCAAAGCAGAGGUUUAAUCCAAUGGCUCCUUCCUUUAAUGCAACGAAACCAGCCAUACCACCUGCAAAACGUUUUUUUAAACAUGAUGAAGAAAUACCUCUCUGUAAAUUUGCCGAUAAAUGUGCUCGUUCCGAUUGUGUUUUUGCUCACCCUACUCCUGCUGCCGCUCCUGGUGAAGCAAUGGUUCUUAGUAGCAAAAUGUGUACUGCCGGAAGAGAUUGCAAAAACCCGGAUUGCGUUGAAGGACAUCCAUCUCCAGCGUUCGGUACCACGCUUCCUUUCAAAGGAACGAUUCCGGUUGUCUGUAGAUAUAAUCCCUGCUUGAAUCCUAGUUGUCGCUUUCUUCAUCCUCAAAAAAGUAAAAAUAUGACAUGGACUCCCUCUGCUACAGAGCCGACGCCAUCGACUUCUGUGAGCGAGCGUAAAUUUGCCGUUGAAGAGUCAGAUGAGCAUUUGCAUGUAUCAUAAAAAUUGUGAAAAUAUUGAUUAUUUAUCUUGUUUCUUUCUUUUACCUUCGCGUUUGAAGUUUCCCAUGUGUGGUUGUAUAUUUGGACAGUAUAUUGGCAAUGAUUCUUUAAAUUGCUUAGUGAGGUGGCUACGUUUAUGGAAUCUAUAUAAUAUGAAUCUGCUUUAGAAAAAGUAUCCUAUUUGGCUUAGUAUUCAUAAUGAAAUUCGUCAUUUUCGUUUACUCUCACACAUUUCUGUGUAGAGUAUUCCCAUUGCGAACGGAUGCAACCAAUUUCCAAACUUUCGUAGCAAAUUUAUGUUCGAUAAAGCAGCUCAAACAGUCCCUCCUUAAU